UAUAAUAGUGUUUUAUUAUUGAAAACAAUUAUCAUUUGAGUGUUGUAGAUAUUCUGAUUUUUUGAGGGCUCAUUAAGUAUUUCUUCUUUAUUGAUUAAAGUCGCAACUUUUUGACGAUACUAUAGAAGGCUUUGAAAAUUGCAAAAUUAAAAAUGACGUUUGAUAAAAAUGGAAAAGAAAACAAUGAGAAAUCUGUGUAAUAAAUAAUUUCAAUUUUUAAGAUAUCAAAACUGUAUCCUUGGAGUUGAUCUAAUGGCUGGAAACUACUACUUUGUUAUUGUUGGACAUGGCGAUAAUCCAAUUUUUGAAUUGGAAUUUGCUCCAGUCAACAAGGAUGCUAAAAAAGACGACCACCGACACUUGAAUCAAUUUGUGGCAAAUGCGGCUCUAGAUUUGGUCGACGAGCACAUGUGGAAGAAUAACAAUAUGUAUCUGAAAUCGGUGGAUAAAUUCAACCAAUGGUUUGUCUCGGCAUUUGUGACCGCUACACAUAUGCGAUUCAUCAUGGUGCAUGAUGUCAAAAAUGAGGAAGGCAUCAAGAAUUUCUUCAUGGAAAUCUAUGAAAUGUAUAUCAAGUACAUGAUGAAUCCAUUCUAUCGUAUCAACACUCCAGUAAGGUGUCCUUCGUUUGAGAAGAAAGCACAAUUCUAUGGAAGGAAAUACCUGACAGGCUAAGUACAUAAGUACUAAGAGCCAAGUGCUUAGUACUAAGUUCAUGCAAAAUGUGCAUAAAAGACUGGAUGUGAAAGUGUUAUGGACAGUAUGUAUUGUUUCGAGUAUAGGUAAUAUUAUUUUGUAAUUUAUAUUAUAAUUAUGUGUUUCGUUGCUUAUAUAAAUUAUAUGUUGAAUAUAUUAUGUUGUUAAAGUAUACAAAUCAAAUAUUUGAA